GCACCGCUCCUUCACAGGCUUCCCAGCUGCGGCGGGAGGCGGCGCGGGGGAGGCCCUCCCGCCGCGGGGCUCCGGAACGCGGGGCCCGCACUUUCUCUUUCGAUUUCUCGGCUAGUCCUGGGCAGGCCGAGACCCCGCUGGCCGAGAGGCGCCGGGACGGGCGGUGCUCAGGCUGCGGCCGCUCUCCGCUGCCCCGGGCACCGGCGGGUGCCUCAGCUCGGCGGAGCGACAGCCAUGGCAACAGGACAAGCUGCUAAAUCAGCAAGGACAGUUGUCAUCACUGGUGUUCCAGAUGGCCUUCUGCACAAUGAUGUCAUGACUGACAUACUGACAAUUCAUUUCCAAAUGUCGAAGAACAACGGUGGAGAUGUGGAGGAUGUAGCAUAUCCCACAGACAAAAAAGGAGUUGCAUAUGUAACUUUUGAAGAUCCAAAAGUUCUAGAGAGUGUUCUAAAGAAGGAUGAGCAUCGACUGGAGGACAAAAGGUUGUCCAGGUACUACCCGCUGAAAGUAACCCGCUACUGUGAAAAUGUCUUCAGCUCUGUCACAUCUGUCCUCAAUAUGUCUGUUUUCAAAGAACAAUUUGUUUUAGAAGAUCUGAUACAAGAAAUUAAAAAGAGCACAGAUUUGACCUUUGGUCCUUUGCAAUCCAACGGGCAUAUUUCUGUUCAAGGGUCAUUUCCAGAUGUCAAAUUGCUAAGAGACUUUCUCUUAUUGAAAGCAAAAUCCCUUUCAGAGAAGGACAAAAGAGAAGAAGGUGCGUCCCACCAGAGACAGAGGAGGCAACAGCAGCACGGACUUACCACGGAGAUGAGUAAUUUUGUUCAUGAUGUGGAAAAACAGGUCGUUGUUCUUGACACAGAUAUAUAUCACUACAUGAAGUCCUUUUUUCCCGGGACAUUCGUAGUAAAUGAUGACACUGUGAUUUCUGACAUCACUGAUGGUGAUGUAACUACACUAUAUAUUGAGAAUGCUGGAAGUAGGUCUGAUGCUGGACAGGCAUUAAGAGUCAAAGAGAAAAUUGAAAAUAGGUCUAUAAAACUCCAUAAAACUCUAUGUAAGGAGAGGAUCGACUUCAAGGGACACACCAGAGAUGAUAAGCAGAGAUACAGGAGAGCAUGUGAAAGCGUGAAACCCCAUUACCCUAAUGUUUUGAUCAUCUAUUAUAAUACUCACAUUGAUGUUAUAGGAUACUCUUCUAAGGUUUUUGAAUUUACAAAGGAAGUGAGCAAUAAGAUUCAGAGCCUGUUUCGCAGCGGGUAGAAAGUUAGCGUUUAUGUUGCUUACAUGUUGUACUUCUUGUAGAGACUGUACCUGUGCACCUCUGUGUCACUGCAGAUUUGUCACAUUGCGCCCACUCACAGGUUGGGCAGUAUGCAUCUGAAGGUGAACAAGCCCAUUCCCCCUCGGAAUUAAGUUUGGAAUUAAGUUUGGAACAGGAAAUAAAUUAUCAAUCUCUUGUGAGUUUAAGAGACUGAAGAAGCUAGGCCUUUUCUGUCCAGAUACAGCUCCUUUUUCCUUUUGUUAGAUGUGUUCUGGGCAUAUGCACACUCAUUAUUUCAUGGCUUCAGGGAAUGUAGGAUGAGAAAAGACAAUUUUUUUUAAGAGUUCUCAUUAGCAUAAGAAGUCUGACUUGCAAAGGUGGGUAAGCCAACCUGAUACAAAAUACUGCAUUGAAGCUGAGUUAUGUUUCUCUGCGCAAGGAGAUGACCACUUAAAACAGGAGUGGUGGCCUUUUUCUAUUGCCUUUGUCUGCAGAAGGAAGUUCUUGCCAUUGAGAUGCAUGAAGAAGAUACAGCUUUGACGCCUGAGGGGGUGAAAUGCUUAUUAAAUAUACAGGCUCAUCAUGUCUUGAGAAAGACCUUAGAAGAUGGCAUUGGAAGUUCUUGACAAUAAAAAAAUAAAUAAGUUUGUUUUCAUAAGA